AUGGCUGCUAUCAUACAGAUCAUAUUUGCAACCAUUUUCAUUUUGGAAUUUCUCUUUGGGAACCUUUUAAAUGGAUUCAUAGCACUGGUGAAUUUUGUCAACUGGGUUCAGAGAAGAACAAUUUCUCCAGUGGAUCAAAUCAUCACUGCCCUUACAAUUUCCCGACUUGUUCAGCUCUGGCUUGUACAAAUAAAUAUAUUGAUUUUCCUUAUUCACCAAGUAAAAAUGACAGAAAUAGUUGUAAGAGUGAUCAAUAUUGCCUGGGUUGUUACCAAUCACUUUAAUCUUUGGAUAUCUACCAAACUCAGUAUUUUUUACCUUCUGAAGAUAGUCAAUUUUUCAAGUUCAAUUUUUCUUUACUUAAAAUGGAGAACUAGGCAUGUGGUUUCAGUAACCCUGAUGAUGUCCCUCGCCUUCUUGGUUUUGAACAUCAUAGUCAUCAAUACCCAUAUUGAUGUCUGGGUUGAACUGAAUGUAAGAAUCAUGCCUUAUAAUUUUAGUUCAAGGAACUCUACUUUAUUUCUCAAACAUCUUUUAUUCACCAACUCUAUAUUUGCAAGCAUCCCCUUUGCUGUAUCACUGGUAGCUUUUUUCCUGUUAAUUUUCUCUUUGUGGAAACAUGAAAAGAAGAUGUGUAACAAUGCCAGGGGUUCCAGAGACUCCAACACCAAGGCCCACAUUAAAGCCUUAAAGACUGGCCUUGCUUUCCUUUCUCUUUAUGCCAUAUUUUUACUUUCUCUUGUUAUAAAUGUUUGCAGCAUUGAAUUACAGGAGAAUUAUAUGAUUUUUUUAUUUAGCCUAUUUACUGGAAUAGCUUUUUCUUUAUUCCACUCCUAUAUCCUGAUUCUGGGAAACACUAAAUUGAGACAGGCUUCUCUUUCUGUGCUGUGGUGGAUGAGGUGCAGGCCCAAAGAUGUAAGAUCCUCUGGUUCCUAG